UGCUUGUAGUCAGUCUAGUCUGACCGGAUUCACGGCGCGCGAAGGACGGCCCCGCGCGUUAAGGAAAAAUGUUUUAAAAAAAGAACUAUUGAGUUUGUGGCUGUGACUUUUUAAAUAGUUUUUAAGUGAAUGUGAUUUUAAAAAAAGGAACCAUAAAUAUUUUUUUUUUUACUGAAGUUUACUCGGUGAUUAGUAGGCAAAGGUGAUUUUUUAUUCAAAUAAGAUGUUCAAGCUAUUAUUACUGCUAGCGGUCUCAGCGUCCUGCCAGCAGAAUCCUGGCGGCGGGGACCUGGAGUCAGUCCUGCAGUCCAUCUUCGGGAACCCUGGGGCUACCGCAGCGCCACCUGCCGUCGUCACCAACCCCACACCGCCUUCCCUGGGGGAUAAGAAGGGGGAAUCCUCUACGCUGGUGCCGGGGAUUCAAACCAGUGAUGAUCAGGACACAACUUGCACGACCGACAAGGGUGAGCCUGGCGAAUGUGUGCGGUACUACCUGUGCAACGUUCAGAACAACACAGUGAUCACUGACGGAGUGGGCAUCAUUGACAUACGUGUACGCGAUGGACCAUGCCCAUCUUACCUAGACGCCUGCUGUUUGGUUGACGACAAAAGACCUCCAGAAGACCCCAUCACACCCAAACCGCCUAAGCAAGAAGAGGUGCGCACGGGCUGCGGCUGGCGGAACCCUAACGGCGUUGGGUUCCAAACUACUGGCGACACCGAAGGAGAAUCCAAGUUCGGGGAAUUCCCAUGGAUGGUAGCCAUUUUGAAAAUCGAACCCGUCAACGACCAAGAGCCAGACGGGCAAAAACUCAACGUUUACGUCGGCGGUGGCUCCCUCAUUCACCCAUCCGUAGUACUCACAGCCGCGCAUUACGUGGCGGCGGCUCCGAGGCUGCGCGUGCGCGCCGGAGAGUGGGACACGCAGACCACCAAGGAAAUAUAUCCGUACCAGGACAGAGAUGUGUCGAAGGUUGAAGUUCACAAGGACUUUAAUAAAGGAAACCUGUUCUACGACGUGGCUUUACUCUUCCUGUCGAAGCCGAUGGAUUUGGCGCCCAACGUGGGGCUAGCGUGUCUGCCACCCGCCCGCGAGCGAGCCCCCGCCGGCGCCCGCUGCCUCGCCUCUGGCUGGGGAAAAGACAAGUUUGGCAAAGAUGGCCGAUACCAAGUUAUACUCAAGAAGAUUGAACUGCCAGUGGUAGACCGCAACACAUGCCAAGACCGCCUCCGAAAGACGCGUCUCGGCCGUUAUUUUGAAUUACACACGUCAUUCAUGUGCGCAGGCGGCGGCCCCGGCAAAGACACAUGUAAGGGAGACGGAGGGUCGCCUUUAGUUUGUCCUAUUGAGUUCGAGAAAGACCGCUACUCCCAGGCUGGGAUAGUAGCGUGGGGUAUCGGCUGUGGGGAAGACGGCACCCCAGGAGUCUACGUGGACGUGGCCAACCUUCGCAACUGGAUAGACGACAAGGUCGCCGGCCAGGGUUACGACCCGAAAGUGUACAAUUAUUGAGAUUAAUAAAUUUUAUAAUACUUUUUAA